AUGUCGAGUGCCCAGGGGGAUGAGGUGAGGGAGAUGAUGGAGGAGCUGGUGAUCAAGGGGGGCUGGGUCUCCCCACUGCCGGCGUCUCCAAAGAAGAGAGGGAAGAGGAGGGGGAGAUCCUCGGACAGGCAGGGGUGCCCGCACUCUGCACUCCUCUUCGUUCUGUACAUGGAGCCUCUGGGGACACAGGGGUGGAGGGCUUGCUUAUCCCUGGGAGCGGUGGGCUGCACAUAAAAAAUUACUUAGUACGCCGACGACACUUCUGACUAGGUCCCUUGCCAUCAUUGGGGAAUUCACCCGAGCGUCGGGAGCGGUUCUCAAUCACGCUAAGUCUUCCGUUAAGUUUUUCGGAAGAUGGCGUGGGAGGACUGAUGUGCCUGGGGGGUUAUCUCUAUGUGUCGGGGCCCUGAAGAUUCUCGGGGUCUUGUUUGAGACCUCCGGCUCAGCGACGCUGAACUGGAACAGGAGCAUCGCAGUGGUACAGAGGAAGCUGGGGAUGUGGAGGGCUAGGUCAUUGUCCUUUAUAGGCAAGGUCCUGGUCCUCAAGGUGGAUGUGUUGCCGUCUCUUUUGUAUAUGGCGUACGUCUACCCAUUGCCAGCUAGUCUGAAGAGGCCUCUAGUGAGGCUAGUGUUUCAGUUCAUGUGGGGUGGCAGGCUUGAGCGUGUUGCGAGGGUUCGCAUGCUCUGUCCCAUCAGGGAGGGAGGUAGGGGGUACCACAUUUUCCCCUCAAGCUGGACUCGAUUUGUUUCUUAUUUGUUGACUGAGCUGGCUCAUCCGGUAAUACACCCGUCUGGUUACUUCCUGCGGGUGUUCUUCUCUUACCAGGCGAGAAGCAUAAUGGUGUGGACUAACACGGGUCCUCGGGCGGAACAGCUGCCGUGGCACUUUGGCUAUGCGGCCAAGUGGAUGUGUGGUCACCCCGAGGUUGAAGUUGCCCGAGUAGGUUUAGAUCACAGGCACCUGUACGAGGAGGUGAGACGGGGAGGGUGUCCCGGGCCAGUAUUGGGUAUCCCGGCUGUGGUUUGGGAAGGAGUGCAGGUGCGAGGUCUGGAUAACAGGCUCAAGGACCUGAAUUGGUUGAGCCUCCAUAAGGGCUUGCCCGUACGAUCCAUCUUGUACGGGCAUGGCAUGACUCGAUCCCCCACCUGCCGAAGGCCAACUUGUGGCGGGGAGGAGACAUUGCGCCAUGUUUUUUGGGGCUGUGCUUUUGCCGGGUGGUAUGGGCUAGGGCACAGGUGUUGAUAGGCAGGGUGAGGGGGGAUUUUGUUGUGACGUGGGCUAGGGUAGAGAGAGGUGUAGGGAAAGCGAGGGGGACGGUUAGGGACAGGUUUCUGCUCUGGCUUCUCAUAAGCCUCUUUAAACGGGGGUUGUGGGAAGCUAGGCAGAAAAUGGAAAGGACAGGGAGAGAAGGGGGUGUGGAGGGGAUAGUGAGGAGGGUGGAGCAGAAUUUGAGGGGGAGAAUGAAGAGAGAGGAGAGGAAGUGGGGGCAGCAUGCUGCUCGGGAGAGGUGGAGGGGGGUUUAGGGUUAGGGUUAGUGUAGAGGGGUAGGGAUUUAGGAUUUGUGUGUGUGUUUUUAGCUGGGUAUAAUGGGGGAGGGAAGGUGCUCCCCUGGGGUGUAAUUUCUGUUAUUGUUCGGUUUUGUGGGUGUUUGAUAUAUAUUGUGGUGGGUAGUUUUGUAUUGUUAUUUUUAGUGAAGUUGGGUUUGGGAAUUAAUGGUGUGUGUAAUGUGUAUGAUGAUGUAUGGUGUGGAUUUUUGAAUACAAACGUUUAAUCACUAAUCAGUGUCUGAUCGCGGGACUUAUGGACAGGUACGUGAGAAGUGUUCUCCCUGUUUAUUUAUUAUUUCAGUCAUAGUCCGUUUUUUGUAUUUUUGGCUGUCUUAUUUGCUCUGCCUUUCUUUUUCGUGUGAAGUCCAUUGUUUUGUAUCCUGGCUUCGGGACCAUCAGUAAAGUUCUUUGUUUCACCAUCUCUGCCUACUGCCUACUGUCUAACCUGCACUGCACCUGGGUCACACCUCACACCAACCCGUACACCACAGAGUUGGGUAAAUCGGCCUUUUCCUACCAGGCCCCUAUCAUGUGGAAUAAUCUAUAAUAAUAUUCCAUUUAGCAGACGCUUUUACUACCCUGGCAUUACAAGCGCCAUUCUCUACCAAUUGAGCUACAGAGGACCACGUAACGUUUCAUUUGGAUGUGUUGUUGUCUCUGGGUAAGUUUAGGGGAAAGGGAUUUUUAUAUUUAUAAAUGUGUUUGAUUGUUUAUUGUGUAUAUAAUAUUUGUUAUUUAUAGAUUUUUUGGUUUUGUUUUAAAUUGUGUAUACUUUUCUUUUCUGUAUUGUUCCAAGGGCACAUUUGCAAAUGAGACCUAGGUCUCAAUGUGUUUUUCCUUGGUUAAAUUACAAUUAAAUAAUGUCUUCGGAAUUCCAUGAUCAGAACUCCAUGAUCAGAAUACAAAAACUGCAUUAACUGUCAAGUCUAGACAUGGCCUCACUCCCAAUAAGCUCAUUGUCAGUCGGUCUCUUCGUUCUUCAGUCAUUAGUGUGUCCAGUCCCAUCUUCAUCUGGCUGUAGGCUACUGGUUUAACAGAUUAUUGGUUGAGAGGGGAUCACUUUUUGGACAGGAAUUUCAUUUUAUUUCCUGGAGGUAAAAAAAUACAAUUAAACAUGCCACCUUUUAAGCACAGGUACAUACUUAAACAAUAUGAGCAGCAGCUUGUCUGCUCACACUCAAUUAACACUCAGUUCAUACUCUCCAAUGUAACGGUCUAAUCCUUACCCAGUCCUUUGAGGAACUUGUUAACCCUGCGAUGCUCAUUAUCAUGAAUUGAGUCCAAAUACUCCUGCACCCUCACCUCAAACAGUCCUGUAGAAAAACAAACACACUUUGUGUUAUCCAAAGUUGGACAAUAAAGCUUUAGAACUUUGACCUUUGACCCGUACCUCUCAGUGCCUGUCUGUGGUGCUCUCUCUCCUGGAUGAACAGGCCAAACAUCUGUGUCUCCAUGAAGACCUCCAGGAACUGCCUCAGACUCUUAGACGAGACAGACUUACGGAAGGACUCACGAUGGAAGGAAGAGGGGAUGGGGGAGGAGAAAGUGGAGGAGGCGUCAACCUCCCUUUCGGUGAUGAAGAGUGGAUAGUGGCCGACGAGUUCUACGAAGAAACGCACAAAGGCCUCGGACACAACGGUGCUGAGGUGGCCAGAGUCUGA